GUAAGGGUUUCGGAUUCUUUCUUUGAGCUUUAAACCUUAGCCUCCAUCAGUUACCUCGCUCACAUCGACAAGCAACUGCCCGUCCUUGCAUUUCAUGCUGUUUCAUCUCAUCCAGUUGACCUCUCUCUAGAACCUGGUUCCAGCCAUGGAAGAUGUUUGCGAAGGGAAGGACUUCUCUUUUCCAAAGGAGGAAGAGAAGAUUCUCCAAUGGUGGGACGAAGUUAAGGCCUUUGAGACCCAACUUGAGCUUACUAAAGGCUGUGAAGAGUACAUUUUCUAUGACGGGCCUCCAUUUGCCACUGGUCUGCCUCACUACGGUCACAUUUUGGCCGGUACAAUCAAGGAUAUAGUAACUCGCUACCAGUCCAUGACCGGCCAUCAUGUUACUCGCCGAUUUGGUUGGGAUUGCCAUGGAUUGCCGGUGGAGUUCGAGAUUGAUACCAAGUUGGGAAUUAAGACCAAGCAGGAUGUGCUGAAUAUGGGGAUCGAUAAGUACAACGAGGAGUGCAGGAGCAUUGUGACCAGGUACGUGUCUGAGUGGGAAAAGAUUAUUACUAGAACGGGUAGGUGGAUUGACUUCAAGAACGAUUAUAAAACAAUGGAUUUGAAGUUUAUGGAGAGUGUCUGGUGGGUUUUUGGACAGCUAUUUGAGAAGAACCUUGUAUACAGAGGUUUUAAGGUCAUGCCGUAUAGCACUGGCUGCAAAACCCCACUUUCUAAUUUUGAAGCCAAUUCCAACUACAAGGAGGUACCAGACCCAGAAAUCAUGGUUACUUUCCCCAUAGUUGGUGAUCCAGAUGGUGCAGCCUUUGUAGCAUGGACAACAACACCUUGGACUCUUCCUAGUAAUCUCGCUCUAUGCGUUAAUGCAAAUUUUGUUUACGUAAAGGUCCGUAACAAAUUCAGUGGAAAGAUUUAUGUGGUUGCUGAAUCUCGACGUUCUGAGCUUCCUGUGGAGAAACCCAAAAAGGGUACUGCUAAUGGAUCUGUUAACGACACUGAACCCGCAAACUCUAAGACCAAGGGAUCAUCAGUUGGAAAAAAUAAGAAUGUUGUGGUUGAUACAUAUGAGGAUUUGGAGAAGUUUUCCGGGUCUUCUCUGGUGGGAAUAAAGUAUGUGCCGUUGUUUGAUUACUUCAAAGAGUUCUCCGAGGUGGCAUUUAAAGUUCUAGCAGAUGAUUAUGUAACUUCUGAUAGUGGGACUGGCAUCGUUCACAUGGCUCCUGCUUUCGGUGAAGACGAUUACCGUGUUUGCAUUGGAAAUCAAAUAAUUAGCAAGGGUGAAAACCUAAUUGUAGCAGUUGAUGACGAUGGUUGCUUUACUGAUAAGAUCACAGAUUUUUGUGGUCGCUAUAUCAAGGAUGCAGAUAAGGAUAUUAUUCAGGCAGUUAAGGAGAAAGGAAGACUUGUGAAAACUGGAAGCUUCACUCACCCUUAUCCAUUUUGUUGGAGAUCUGACACUCCUCUAAUCUACAGGGCUGUUCCAAGUUGGUUUGUCUCUGUUGAGAAAUUGAAGGACCAGUUGUUGGAAAACAACAAACAAACCUAUUGGGUUCCUGAUUUUGUGAAGGAGAAGCGAUUCCACAACUGGCUGGAGAACGCAAGAGAUUGGGCUGUUAGCAGGAGCCGAUUUUGGGGUACACCACUUCCUGUAUGGAUUAGUGAGGAUGGUUCAGAAACAGUUGUUAUGGAUUCUAUUGAAAAGCUCGAGAAGCUUUCAGGCACUAAGGUGACAGAUCUGCAUCGUCAUAAUAUUGAUCACAUCACAAUUCCAUCAAGUCGGGGGGGUGUGCUUCAUCGAGUUGAAGAAGUGUUUGAUUGCUGGUUUGAAAGUGGUUCAAUGCCAUAUGCUUAUCUUCAUUAUCCUUUUGAGAAUGUUGAACUCUUUGAGAAGAAUUUUCCUGGUGAUUUUAUUGCUGAGGGGCUGGACCAAACUCGUGGCUGGUUUUACACUCUCAUGGUCCUCUCUACUGCAUUAUUUGGAAAACCUGCUUUUAAAAACCUGAUUUGUAAUGGACUUGUCCUUGCUGAGGAUGGAAAAAAAAUGAGUAAAAGAUUAAAGAACUAUCCAUCACCUAUGGAUGUUAUAAAUGACUAUGGAGCUGAUGCUCUACGAUUAUACAUUAUCAACUCCCCUGUUGUGCGUGCAGAACCUUUACGUUUUAAGAAGGAUGGUGUUUAUGGUGUUGUCAAAGAUGUAUUCUUACCGUGGUACAAUGCAUAUAGGUUCCUGAUUCAGAAUGCUAAGAGACUUGAGAUCGAGGGGUCUGCACCUUUUGUGCUUAUUGAUCAAGCUAUUAUUCAGCUAUCAUCUAAUGUUCUUGAUCAGUGGAUCAAUUCGGCUACAAAGAGUUUGGUUAAUUUUGUUCGACAAGAAAUGGAUGCGUAUAGAUUAUAUACAGUCGUUCCUUAUCUCUUGGAAUUUCUGAACAAUCUCACUAAUAUUUAUGUGCGUUUCAACCGUAAGAGGCUAAAAGGUCGUACUGGAGAAGAAGACUGCAGGACGGCACUUUCAACACUGUACUAUGUGCUUCUAACUUCUUGUAAGGCAAUGGCUCCAUUUACACCAUUCUUCACUGAAGUUCUUUACCAGAAUCUGCGAAAAGCUUGUAAUGGUUUAGAGGAAAGCAUUCAUUUUUGCAGUUUUCCUAGUCAAGAAAGAAAGGGAGGGGAACGUAUUGAACAAAGUGUUAAAAGAAUGAUAACUAUCAUUGAUCUUGGUCGAAAUAUUCGCGAGCGCCACAACAAGCCUCUGAAAACACCAUUAAAGGAGAUGAUAGUAGUACAUCCUGAUGCUGAGUUUCUUGAUGACAUAGCUGGAAAACUAAAAGAGUAUGUGCUUGAGGAACUCAAUGUCAAAUCCAUUGUUCCAUGCAUUGAUCCUUUGAAGUAUGCUUCUUUAAGAGCAGAGCCUGAUUUCAGUGUGUUGGGUAAGCGACUUGGGAAAUCAAUGGGGAUUGUUGCAAAGGAAGUUAAAGCAAUGUCACAGGAAGAAAUUUUAGCUUUCGAGAAAGCUGGAGAACUAACUGUUGCUUCGCACACUUUGGCAAUGUCUGAUAUUAAGAUUAUCAGGGGUUUCAAGAGACCAGAGAAUAUGACCGAGGAGCAGAUUGAUGCUGCAGGAGAUGGUGAUGUUUUGGUAAUUCUUGAUUUGUGUCCCGAUGAAGGAUUAUUUGAGGCUGGAGUUGCUCGUGAGGUUGUCAAUAGGAUCCAAAAAUUACGAAAGAAAUCUUCCCUGGAACCAACUGAUUUGGUGGAGGUUUACUACAAGUCGUUAGAUGAAGAUGAAUCAGUAUUACGACAGAUUUUGUGUUCUCAGGAACUGUACAUCAGAGAUGCACUUGGUUCUUGUUUGCUACCCUCAACCUUGAUUCCUUCCCAUGCCGUUAUCCUUGCCGAAGAAAGCUUCCAUGGAGUUUCUAAUUUAUCAUUCGUCAUCUUUUUGGCAAGACCAUCAUUAGCAUUCAACUCGGAUUCAAUUGCUUCAUUAUAUGGUGAGAAUGCAAUUUUUGGUGAAAACCUUAUGGUCUACUUGCUAUCAAAGGAUCACUCUGUUUUGAAGUCUGAGUUCCAGCAUGGAAAUGGAAAGAUUAAGGUUGAUCACAUUGAGAACCAACCUGCUGUGGAUGUGAUUCUUGGAGAGCAUGUGUUCUUGACAGUUGGUGAUCACUUGUUGACAACCACCACCAAAGCUUAGUGAUUUGGAAGAAGAUAGAUCAAGGGAAAGUUUUAUAUACACUUUUUGUUUGUUUAAUUUUAAUAUGAUGAAUGUGCAAGGAACUAGAGAAAAAAAAAGAUUUUUUUAAUUAUUAUGACAUUUUACUGAAAAGCUUAAAGUUUUGUCGUGUGUAACCCAAACUAUAAGCCAUUUGACAUGAUUGAAUAUUUAAGUUUUGGCAUUGAUUCAUUCAGUGGUUUCUUUUAUGAAAUUGACUUUAAAAAAUGGCCGACCUUGUUUGAUUUAUCUU